GUCUCUCUUUGUCUCUCUAGCGCUCGUCAUCUAAAUUAGUCCUUGAUCAUUACCGGCCAGACCAUGUCUCCGUCCGCUCUUUCAUCUGCCCUCCUUGCUGUUGCGGCCAUUACCUUUGUCCACGCUCAGCCUGACCCUGCUGACCCCACUCCUCUCGUUGAUAAGCACUAUGCCUACCCAUCUGGUAUCCCUUACCAAGUCGACUAUAAUACCGCUGCUCUUCGCGGUCCCCAAACCGGUUACAAUAUUUGCAACUCCACAACUGAGAACCAGAAUUCCUUGUGUCAAACUUCGUUCGUGAACCACAUAGACGAUUUCUGCCUCUGGGCUCCCCCACAGCCCAACUCCACCAUCGGUGACACCGAAGGUCAGGAAGUCGCCUGGUGCACAAAGCCAGGACACGGUACUCGUCUCAUCCCCGCCGGUGCUCUCCAAGGCGUACAGCUCAUCAAGACCCCCAACUACAUCCAAAUUGCCGGUUUCAUUGACCAAACCCAGGUCAACAUUGCUGCUAAUGACUACGGAGGCGAGUUGGACCCUCACGGUGCUGAUCUGCGCGGUAACCCUCUUGGCGGUCUCAUGUACUCCAACGCGUUCCCCAGCAACGGUGGUAACAACGCUUCGUACCAACAAGUUAUUGACUGGACAAACUUCAUGGGUGGCGACGGCUUCUGUAUGAAAAUCUGCGAUCCCGCCGGCCAGAACCAACAGGCCCUCUGCCAAAACAUCUAUGACCGUCUUGGGUGCGCAUACAACGCACCCAACAACGCACAGAAGGGUGUUUUCGAGGUCUGCGAUGGUGACGACAUGUCCCCCGUCGGUGUCUACACUACCAACGGUGCUACCUCGACCUAUUACCAACCCGCCGAAUCUCUUGGUCCGAUCACCACCGUACCUUACACCGCCACGCCUGCUCCGAGCUCGAACUGCGUGACGUACACAAGCACGUCACUGUACACGGGUCUGCCGACGCCAUCAGGCGCGAUCGCGAGUUCAGGUGCAAGUGGAGCAAAGUCAACAGCGAGCGGCACCAAUUCCGGCGCAUCACCGGCUAAAACUGGUGGUGCUGCCACCAUGGGUGUAUCACUUGGCGCCGGACUUGUUGGUGUGGUGUUCGCGAUGGCGUUCUUGUCGUAAGGCGGUGCGGGUAUCACUGUUGACGGGGAGAGAGGUUGUUGCAUUCACAUUCGCAUACCGCAUUUCUCUGGGCGGUCAUUUAUUUCAUCGCACUUUAUAAUACCCCACCGCAUGAAUUUUGGUUGACAUAGACACGCGGAUACAGACGGACCGACAUUGGUUACUUAGCGCUUAUCCGUUCAUUGCAUCGAGAUUGGAAUAAUGCACGUUUUAAUGUCAUUGAUCUGUGUAGACAUGAAGUCUGCUUUGGGCUUCAGGUUAGGCCAACAUAUCGAUGUGUCUGUCGUAGUGAGGAAUUUGGAAAUCAUACAGAAUUUCAAUUUCAAAUGUUCA